UGUAGGUGCAGCAGGAGCCUUCCCUACCACUGCAAGCAGGGGGGGAAGGGAACCCCCCCCACACCCCCUCCUCCUCCUCCUCCUCCUCCUCUCGGCGCUGCAAAGCUGCCCUGCAAAGUGUGCAAUUGCAGGGGCUCCCCCCGCUGCAAGGAGAGCUGCUGCAGCCAGCCGGGAAAAAACUCCAGUUGCAGGAAGAUUGAGCGCUUGCAGUUUUGCAUCUUUUGUUGUUGCAAAACUAGCUCCCGAGGAGAGGCGAGGCAAAGUCUUUUGUGCUUCCCCUCCCCCCUCCCCAACGCAGCAAAGCAAAGCAAAAAAAAAAAAAAAAACCAAACCAAAAAACAGGAGAGAAAUGUCUCAGUCGAGAGGCAAGAAGCGAAACCCUGGGCUGAAAAUUCCUAAAGAAGCAUUUGAGCAACCACAGACAAGCUCCACGCCACCCAGAGAUCUAGACUCCAAAGCAUGCAUCUCUAUUGGUGAGGAGAACUUUGAGGUGAAAGCUGAUGACCUGGAGCCCAUCUCUGAGCUGGGACGAGGUGCGUACGGGGUGGUGGAGAAGAUGCGGCACAUGCCUAGCGGGCAGAUCAUGGCAGUGAAGAGGAUCCGAGCCACAGUGAACAGCCAAGAGCAGAAGAGGUUACUGAUGGAUCUGGAUAUCUCCAUGAGGACAGUGGAUUGCCCCUUCACUGUCACCUUUUAUGGAGCACUUUUCCGGGAGGGAGAUGUGUGGAUUUGCAUGGAGCUGAUGGAUACCUCACUGGACAAGUUCUACAAACAUGUCAUUGACAAGGGCCUGACAAUUCCUGAGGACAUCUUAGGAAAAAUAGCUGUCUCUAUUGUAAAAGCACUAGAACAUCUACACAGUAAGCUCUCCGUGAUCCACAGAGAUGUAAAGCCCUCUAACGUGUUGAUCAAUACGCAGGGGCAGGUGAAAAUGUGCGAUUUUGGGAUUAGCGGUUACCUCGUCGACUCGGUUGCUAAAACCAUGGAUGCAGGAUGCAAACCCUACAUGGCUCCUGAAAGAAUUAACCCGGAGCUCAACCAGAAGGGGUACAGCGUCAAAUCCGAUAUCUGGAGCCUGGGGAUCACAAUGAUCGAGUUGGCCAUCCUGCGCUUUCCCUACGACUCCUGGGGGACACCAUUCCAGCAGCUCAAGCAAGUGGUAGAGGAACCCUCGCCGCAGCUCCCCGCAGAGAAGUUCUCAGCAGAAUUCGUCGAUUUUACCUCGCAAUGCUUGAAGAAGAAUUCCAAAGAACGGCCAACAUACCCAGAGCUUAUGCAACAUCCUUUCUUCACCCUGCACGAAUCCAAAGAGACAGACGUCGCCUCUUUUGUCAAACUCAUCCUGGGAGACUGAGAACUGGACUUGUACAUGAAUUGCCCUUCUGUGGACUGGUGGGUGCAGGGGAGGGGCUCAUGGCAGGACUUGUCAUGAAAGCACCAAGAGAAAGUCACCGUGUUUUGUUUUGUUUUUAUUCUGAGAAACCCCCGCCUUGCCGAAGUUUUUAAAAGGGUUCUUUGGUAUCCAUAGUGACAUAGAGCAAGCUGGUUAGUGAAAUGAAUUUUAAUAAGGUUGGUAACCUUAAAACAAAGACAAAACAACAACAAAAAAAUUUUUAAGAGUGAUUUACAUAUUUAAUGACCGUCAAAAUCCCUCUUCCUAACUUUCUCCUCAUCCCCCUUCCUUUUCCCCUGAACCAGAAUUUGCUUUGUCAUGGUAAUAGGUGCUAUGGUAGUCAUGAAGUUGUAUGUAGAUUUAUAUUUUGUCCCUUCCAUUAUUUUAAUAUUUAUGUUAAGUGCUUGAUGGAAUAGAUUUCUGUUUUAUAUGAGGAUGAGUGCGUGGUGAUGAUGAGGAUGCUAACUGAGGCCACAGCAAGCAAUAGUUGUAGGGCUUUGCUGGGGAAAAGGUGUCAAAGGAAAAGAGAAGGAAGUGUCUGUGUUGUGAAAAUAUUUAAUGUGCAUCAUAAAAAGAAUUUAUAAACAAGGAUCUCAGCUCAGCUACUCGAGCUGCUUGUGUCAGGCAGCAUCACUGUAAAGGAGGGAGGCUUCAGCCUCCUCCAGGGUCUCCUCUUCUCCGGACACUGCGCACGGCUGCAGGGCACUGCCAGCCUCCUGCCUGGGGAAAGCCCCAGCCCUGUGUCCCAGCAACUCCCUCUGCUAUAUCAGGCAGGUGAUGAGGUCUGGAGAGGGAAGAUAUUACUGGGAUUAAUGUAUGGGACAAAAGCCCCAGAGGGAAAUCAGUUGUCAGAUGAGUUGCACAAAGAUAGGGAGGAGGCUGCAGUGGUCGGUCCCCACCUGCCAGCCAGCCCAUCAGCCUCGUGCCAUCUGGGACUCCCUUGGGCUGGGGAUGAGCUACUUUGGGCCUAAAAGGGAGUUCCUCUCUCCUUCCCUGUAUGGGAAAGGAUAACAUUCUGCAUGGCAUGGCAUCUGUGAAAAAAUGGGAGAACUCAGUGCGAGUUUCCAGGGCUCUCCUCCCUGUCGGCAGCAAUCCCUCUGUGCUUGCCCACAGGCUCUGGGGGUGUGAGCCCACCCCUGGAGCUGGUGCUGGCAGGUGGUUUGGGCCAUAUCCAGCUCUGCUUGGGAUGCUGAGGCCAGCCAGGAGUGCUGAGCUCCAGCAUGAGACCUGCAGGUGUCCCCCAUGAGAGCUGCAGCCUGAGAAACCACGCAGGGAAACCACAGCCCAUCCAUGGCAGGAGCUCAUUGCUGUUGGCCAAGUCUUCAGAGAAAAGCUGCUAGCCAAGGGCAGGAGCCACGGGGACUCUUGGGGCAGAGGGAAAGGUGGCAGAUCCCACUGCUUUUAGGUAGCAGGGAAUAGAAAGGGGGAAUGGUGUACUGCAAGGGGUUGCUGUAAAUCUGGAGCAAGGCUCCUGGCUCCAGAUGGAUGCUGGAUUGAUGAGCCAGACCUGCAGAGCUCAGCUGUGAGGUGCUUUGCCUUUUUCCAUGGCUCCUUCUCCCAAACCUGUGCCCCUGUGUGUGUGUGCAGCUAUCCCAGAGCAGGCACACGUGUCUCAUACCCCUCCACAUCAUUCCCUUCCCCAUCCAUUGCUUCUGCACAGACUCUCAGAGUCAGAGCCCAUCUGGAUGCAUGUCUUGCUCUCCAGUCUUGAAGCUGUGUGGGAUGUCAUUCACUCAGCCUGGGAUCCAGCUCCUUCUCUCUCAGUUCCAGUGGCUUCAGUCCACUUGGGCUUCUGGACCAGCCUGAGGACCAGUUUGGGAAUUGAUCUCUUGGAAGGGGGAUGGGGAGGGUUGUAGUUAGAGCACCUAACACCUCACUAAGAGGUGCAAGUGGUGGCAUCUCUUGUGCUAGGCACAUGCUGACCACUUUGAAGAGGUGCCCCUAGACACUGCCACUGUCACCACCACGGCCAGGGCUGGCAGUGCCUGUAGAGGUGGCUGUGAACCCCAAAAUAACACAGCUCUGCCCCGAGCCAGCAUCAAAAGAGAGAAGGGAGCAUCACUGAUGGGGAUUUAUUGAUCCUUGAGCCCCUCAGCUGCAGAGCAGGGGGCUUGGAGGAAGCUCAGAGGAGUUGGGGGUUGUGAGUUUCCUUGCUGCAAAGAGCUCCUGCAUUGUGCAGACUUUGGGGAAGAGUUUCCCCUUCCUCAGCCCGUGGUUCACAAACCUGCUCAGCCCUCCCUGUAGUGAUAAGCUCCCUAUUCCACUUUGUGUAGGGGGGAACCUUUCAGGUUACAUUUUGUUGCAGAUGAAACACGAGGAUGUUUUACUUCUCAGUGUGUAAUUUUAAGAGGCCUCGCAUGGCUCAUAAUCUGCCCUCUCAUAUUCCAUGGGGUGUGUGGCUGUGUGUGUGUGUGUUUUUUUUUUUUUUUCUCUCUCUCUCUCACUUUCUCAGAGUCACAGGGCUGUUUUGAUUGAUUGUCCUCAGCUGCAGCUAAAAGUCCAGCCAGCCAGUUUAUAGACUUGGUUCCAGCAUCAAUUCUCGCUUUGAAAAACAUGACAUUUAAAACCACCCUCUGGUUUUCCUACAUAUGGAUCUGAUGCUUUUGUUAAAGAUUGGUUUCGCCUCUUUUCUCCUGGAAUAUAAGUCUCGUUUGGACACCACGUCUCCUUGACCUCAGAGCACCUUUAUUUCAUGCCAUUGUAAUUGACAGGUUGAAUUUAUGAGAUACUGUCAGAGUGCAGUAUUAAUAGCAGAUAUUAAUGUCACCAAUAGAAAAUUAAUGUCAGUGUUGUCUGCAGCAAGUAACCCUCUAGGAUGAUUCCUACAUGCCUUGACACUACACAAUGAGUGCUUUCUUUUAUGCUUUUUGCUCUUGCAGUGCUUGGGCUCUCUAAUCCCUUUGUUUUAAUGGCAUGACAAUAGAGCAUGCAACAAAUCACUUCCCUCCGGAUUCUCCAUGACUUUGUUCCUUUAAAAUUCAUCUGCAUCAGCCCAGUGUAAGUCUUGAGUCUGUGUGACCAGUGUGAAAAUGCUGAUCACCACUGCUGAAGGUGGUUGUGGAAGGAGAGAAAGGCAGAGGUUGUCUGUCUGACUGUCCAUCCAUCUCUUCAUCCCUAGUGACACGUGUGGACACAAAGCUUGGCCUGCCCCAGGGUUUUCUUCCAGAGAAGCCUGAGCUGGGGGGGAGGAGAGCCAGGGACUCCUGUGUGCUUAAAUGCUCUGCAAACAUGCUGGGCUACAAUAUAUAAAAAAAAAAUCAAACUCUUCUCUUUGUUUGAUUGUAACCUCUGUGAGGGUGAAAAGCCUUGGGUCAGCACUCAGAACUUUGCUUGGCUCUAAGAGGAGCUCAGGGUUGCCAAGGACAGGCAUUGUUUCUGGGUCAUUAAACCUUCCCCAACAACCCUGAACAGCCAAGGUGUGAAGCUUAAAAGCUGUUCUUCAAAAAGCUCAUUUGAUGCAGGACACAGGGCUGCAUGUUGGACAGGUAGGCUCAUGGCUUUGCAGGACAGGGAGCAGAUUGGAUUCUCCUCAACUGGGGAUUUUUAAACUGCAAAAGUAGCAGGUCUGGUGCCACAGGCUUGAAACAAACCAAAACCACACCAGGGAGUGGAAAGGUGAGAAAAGCUGCUCCAAACUCAGCACUGGACCAAGUGUAGGAGUUAAUUCCAGCACAGGUACCAUUCCCAUGGCAGGGAGAGCCUCUCUGCUCUGCCACAGGCUGUGGUUAUUGGGCUGCAGGGCGUGCUGGGCCAUGAUAUUCCUCCUCUUUUUACCUCCACAGCUCCUGAUGUUCCUGCCACCUCCUGGAGGCUUGAGGCUUUGCCAUUGCCAGAGCUCUUCUAAGUGUCACUGGCAAGAAAGCUAUUUUCUAUGUCCCCAAGAGUCCUCUGGUCCCUUAAAUCUGAAAGAUGAGUUGGAGGGCAUUUGCUGGUUCCUGUUUUUAAACACCAGUUUAAAAUGCUGCUGCAGUGGGUGAAAUGCCCAUCUUUUCCUGGAGUUUUUUCCAGGUGUAUAAAACUUCACACAGGUAUCUAUGUACUGUAUUUCUGCAUUUUUCCUGACUUGCCUGGUUUACUGGUGAGGGAGGGAGGCAUUUCUGACUUCUUAAAGAGGGGGGGAUACCAUUUCUGGAGGCAACUGACUUCUGCUGUGUGAUGGUGGGUCACUAUUCAGAAAAAGCUCUUAAAAAUAAAUAAAUUAAAAAAAAAAUAGGCAGUUGAGCUCUUAGUUCAGCAGGUGUCAAGUGCCUGUUGGGUCAGUGCCCCUUGUCUGGGAGAGAAGGGGCUGCCAGGUCCUGUGCACUGGUGCUGAGGACAUGGACACUGGGGUGCAGGGUCUGAACUGGGAUUUCUCCAUGCUGAGUGUGUACCUGCACCUUUCCCUUCUUUCCUAGGCAAUUUUGGAAGAGGAAAAGCUGUCUGGUCAGUGCAGCAUUGCUUUAGUGGCUGGUCUGAUGUAGUUCAGACAAGGUUCCCACCAGCUCCCUUGUUUAUUAGACCUCGUUUUUAUUAAAAACAAACCCCAAGCUCCUCUCUCAGAAAAGACAGCCAAGAUGGUUUUUUUUUUUUUUUAAUUCUCUUCCAUCUUGUUCCUCUCAGAGGAACUCUGGGAGCCUGUCUUGGUGCUUUCACUCUUUCACAUGCCAAAGAUUGCUACAUCCCUCUGAGUUAGGCUCCUGCCAAAGCAGAUCUUACAGCCUUGCCUCAAAAAUCAUCCACUUCCCUGCUCCUCGGGGUUCCUUUUGUUGCUGUUGCUUUUUCAUUGAAUUUCCUCUUGUUUAUUGACAUGUCUAUUGUUGAGCUUCCUGGACACAUGCAGCUCUUUUUUUUGGGUGCAGAAAAAGACAAAUCGUUGCCUUCACUGCUCUGCCCCUGCUGUUGGGGAAAUACUGCUGGUGAUACAGUUCCUACAGAUAGGGAUGGGUCUCAUUUAGAGCUCGGGUCAGGGAGGGUGUAAACUGGCAUUGCUCCAUUGGCUUGGCUGGAAUAAGGCCAGUUUUGUCCAGCUGAGAAUCUGUCCUUAAUGUCUAAACAGUUAUUACACACUAAUAAAGAUUAAUGAUUGUAAAUCCCCACGGAUUAUACAUAAAAUGGCAAGUUUUACCCAUUAAUCUUUAUUGCCAUAUUAUAGCUGUUUAUGUUAGAGGAGUCCUCUCUCUCAGUACUGAACAUCCACUCAAGGAGGUGGGGGCUGAGCACAGGGGAGGUGAUGGGUGGACAAAACAGACCAGAUGUCCACAUGUUUUACAGUCUGUGUCCUCCCCCCGAGCUGGUUGUUUCCUUGAAAGCCUUUAACCAGCAGCAAAGGAUGUAUCACAGAGCUUUGUCUGCUUUGCUGGCCUCUGGCUGAGCUAUAAAAUCCAGAUUGUUUCUGGUGAGAAGGGAUCAGAUCUCCUAAUUAAUAUUUCAGCUCAGCCUUUGCUGGAGCAGAUGGAUAAUAUGAAAUUUGACAUGCACUCUGGCAGUGCAGUGAGAUUCCCUCUCCCUGGCUGUGGCUGGAAGAGAUGCUUGCUGUGGAUAGGCAGCUGUGUCACAGGUCAAAAGGAUGCUGCUCCUUCACAUAACCCCACACCACAAAAGCACUUUAUUUUGCUGAUAAAGAAGGCCAGAAAAGGCUCAGCUGAAUCUCAGCUUUCAUGUGUUUGCAGAUGAGGAUGGACACAGCUAAAGAGGUGGUGGUGCCAGUGUGCUGUAUCAAUGAAGAGGACUCCAAAGAGAGUGCAGUAAAUUGCAAGGGUGGUUUUAAUGGCACAGGGACAAGAGUCCUCUGGUAGGGAAUCCACUCUGCCAAGGAAGGUCUGGAGCUGGGAAUGCUGAAGCAGAAAGGGAGGGUGAGAGAGGCAACCACAGACCCAACCAAGCACAUUGCUGGUGGGAGCAGUCUGUGCCCCCUUCUUCUUGUAUUCCUCCAGGCCCAGAUUUGCAGGUGAUGGUUUUGCUCACAAGUCCCAGAUUGCCACUGCAACCCCACUUCCAGCAAGAGAAAGAGAAUACUAAAAUCCCAAAGAAACCCACAAGGACAAACUGGGAGCAAGCUGAUGCUUGUUGCCUGCUGGGUGGCCUCAUGCAUUGCUGCAGAGCUUGGACUUAAAAUGAUGUGGAAAGCAUGGGAAAGGCUGAGAAAGAAGAGGAUCCAUGUUUUAAGGUGGUGUCUAACUAGCCCAGUGGUACAAAUACCUGAUUUACAGGCCACAGGGAUAAAGGAAUUCUUCAGGGGCUUGUGCAGUGCUGUUCUCCCAGGAACAAUUUUGGCCACAUGGCAUUUAUUACAUGGCCUCCUUUAGUGCAUUUUUUCCCUCCACUGACACCUUACACCUCAGUCACCUGGACAUUUGGGGUUUUAGCAGCUGGGAGUUUACUAACAGCCUUUUUUUCCCUAGCCAGAUGCUCAGAGGGAAGGGAAGAGAAAGGGGCCACCUCUCUGCAGAGCUCUUUAGGGGAAAGGAGCCCCAGGCAGAGGCUCAGUGCCCUGCAGGUAUCCAGCCCAAGCCAGAGCUCCUCCUGUGCUCCUUUGCCAUCCCAUGGAUGAAAAAUCCCAUCCUGGAAGUGGAGCAGCUCUGGAAUUGCAGCAGCCUGGCCCUGAGGUGGCUCAGCCUUGCCUGGCAGCCUGGCUGCAGGAUGGGCUGUGUUUCCUUCCUCGAAAGGCUCUUGAUUUUCACUAAAGGAUGGGGCAAAAAUCCAGAGGCUGCGAGGUACCGCGAGGAUAAGCUGGGAAAAGCUUGGAAGCUUCUGAAAGGCUCUGGAAAUAGAGAUGGAAAUCUCAAAAGAUCAGACGUCUUUCGGCCAUUUCCAAAGCUGUGUGGUUUUAGCCAGACCUGAAAACCCUUCCUAGAAGUUUAUUUCAGGGUAUUUUGAUUUGUUACUUUCGCUUUUGGGUCUGGCUAAAUCCAGGAAACUCAGAAUAGUGUAAUUUUUCAAUAAAGAGUAAACACACCCCAAGUAUUACUGAACCAUUCAGGAAAGUUUCUCUUUGGUUUCCCUUACCGGAAUCAUUCAGGCCAGAAUAGGGUUUGUCCUAAUUCAGUCUGGUUUUGCCCCAGAUAAUUAUUAUUUUUGAGAAAAAGAAGAGUUCAGACCAUGGGCUUUCCAAAACACCGUGACCCGGCACGCAAGGUUACACACCAGAUCCUGCCAGAAGGAGGAUGGAGAUGAGAAGUGCUGCACUUAGAGGCAGCCAAACUCAUGGCUGGAAAGAGCAUUCUGGCAGCAAGCAUGGCCAUAGCCUCCAAAAACACAGGUAGAUAGAGUUUCCCCAGGGGCUGUGUGAUGGAGUUAUCAGGGUCUGCCACGUCUCAGUUUUUUUCCCCUCUAGUAAAAACCAUCCAGCCACCUCCGUGUCCUGGAACAAUAUCUGAAAGCCUUUGGUAUUUCUCAGCUUGGUUGUGUGGGGUUUUUUCUUUUCUUUUUUUUUUUUUUUUUCAGGACAGAUGCUGUGAAAAGUCAGGAAGGGCCAGGUGUCCUUGAUUUACACAGCCAGAGUGAAGAGAUGUAGAUUAAGUGCCUGGUAAGAGCCAAAAAGGUGUGUUUAAAGUUAAAUUACAGUUGCUGUCCUAGCUGUGAAGUCAGGAUCAGGUUUUCCCAUCUACAGGUGCAGCUGCAGAGCUCUCUGUCCAUGCUUAGCCCAGCUUUAUUCAUGAAUAUUGCAUAAAUAUCCAAUAGCAUGGGCUAUUUGGUGGGCAUCUGGCAGCUUUGGGCUCUACAGGCAGAAAAAAAAAAUCCUUGUUCAGAAUACAGCAUUGCCAAAAUCUUUGGCUCCAAACUUCCCUAUACAAUCUCUGUAUCAACUCAAUUUCCAGAGCUCUGCCCCGUUUUGUCCCCUUCAUGAUUGUAAAUGGAGUGGUUUGUGCUGGGUGACAGCUGUCACUGUGCCACUGGGGCUGCUGGAAAGAGUCACAACAAACAAACUGGUUGGAAUUUUGCAUUAAUUUUUAAUAUCAUUACAUUGCAGGGGAGCUGCUAAACGGAGUUUCCUGCAAACUGGAAUUGUGUUGGAAUAAAACUUCUCAUUUUUCAUAGGAAAAAAAAAAAAACAGAAUUAUCUAAAGAUGUCCAAACUCUUCAAUUGUAGAAAUUACAGUGCUUUUGGCAAAGAUCCAUGUUUAGCAACAAAAUAUAUGGAAUUUCUAGAAUUUCUGUCUUAAGGUGUGAAAUCUGCUUUUUUAUUUUGAGAUAGAGGCAAAUUUGCUCUGCUGGUAUUGAGAGGGCACAGGCAAAGCACUUGUCUCUUUGGAAACAACAGGAAAGAGAAGGCUUUCCAGCCUGCUGGGAUGCAAGUCCUUAUUUUAUAUUUAGGAUUUUUUUCUUUUACAGUAACAUCAUUUGUUUUAGAACUGUGAAAGUCUCUGCUUUUCUUUACAUGUGGAGGGCUGAUUACUCCUUCUCGUAUUCUUAUUAUUUAUUAUUUCUCCAGUUCUGGUACUAUCCAAGAGGUGCUGAAGGCAUCUCCCCAGCCUGACCUCGAGUUGUGUGGAAUCAGUAUCUCCUGACAGCUGGGAUGGCAAGUGGCAGUAGAUGGCUAAUGAGUAUUUAAAAUGAUAUUUAUAGCAAUUUAGAUUUUCUUUUAGCGAGCUGCUUUGCUCUAGGGGAUGGGGAUAAGGAAUCUCUUUGUAAAAUGGCAUUUUUUGCUUUUUCUUCAAACAUCUCGGAGGGUUCUAAGGAAACCAACUCACUCUGUUUUUAAUAGGAAGAGUUGGGUUGGGUUGUAAUCAUUCCUUUGAGAGGGGAUUGACUAGCAUCAGGGUUCAGUUCAACUGGUAAAAAUGCUUUAUGUCACACCAUCAUUAAUCAAAGUGCACUGGAAUGCUGAGAGAAGGAUCUUUUUCUACCUGACAAAGACAAUCUGCUUGGUCCAAGGCUCAUGCUAUGCUUUUCCUGUAUUUGCCUAGAGUUUUCCUUUGGCCCUGGAGCCAGGGAGACUCAGGGUUGCCAGGAUUGCUUUGAAGCAGGGCUGAGGGCCACCCAGGCAACCUCUGGCCAAAUGUCUGCUCUGGGUCUGGAGGACACAAGUUUACAGAAGUGAUGGAGCAGCUAACAAACAGCUGCUUCUUGCUCUGGAAAAAGAUGUUGAGGUGAAAUCCCCUGAGCAUGACAUGUGUGAGACAAGUAGGAUUGGGGGCUGAAAACCAUCAGCUUUUCGUUCUUUUUAUUAUUAUUAUUUUUAUUUUUUUCUCCUUUUCCUCUUUGCAAAGGUGCCUUGCUGCUCUUCUGCUUCAAAAGCCUCCCCAAGCCUUUCUGAUAAAGAAUGCUGUGGUGCAUCUGUUUUCAAACAGCUUGCAUUGGUUUUCUGGUUUGUUUUUUCUUCCCCUGAUGUAUAAGAAACGUUGGGUAGCAGAAUGUGGAAUUCAUUAGAAGUUCAUAAAGCAGGGACCUCAGAAGGAUGUGGGUAUAAAUGCUUUUCAGGCAUCUGAGGUGAACUUUAAACGGAGCUUUGGCCCUCAUUUGCUUUCUGCUUUUCAAAUACCAUUUAUGAGAAAGUGGAGCUGUCAAAGCCAUGCAUGAACUUUGCCUUCUUGCAAAUAACUUGUCUCAAAGUAAAUUGUCAAAAUGCACAAGGAACUUGUCUCAAAGUAAAUCCAGUAGCUCUACAAAGCUGGGAAUGUAUGUACAUCAGUGUGUGUGUGUGUGUGUUGUGCAGGGGAGUCAGCAAGUUACCAUUUUGGAGAUGCAAAAAACACAGUGCAAGUGGUUUUUUCUUUCAAAAAGUCAAUGUAAAAUAUUUAUUCCUUGGUGUGAGUACAUCAGACCACAUCUCCCACCCUUCUUCUGAUUGCUUUCUGUUUGGUUUUGUUGUCUCAGUCUUUGCUGCCCUCUUUCCUCUGCAGUGCUGGUGUCUCCCUGGCAGCCCCAUAACCUCACACAACCCCACUGGCACUGAGGGUGCAGGGAGGUCCCAGGAGCACAGAUCCUGCUGCUCCUCAGGAAAAGCACUGGUGUUCCCAUUGAGGAGAGGAAUGGCAAGGGGAGGAUGAGGUGGAAAGGCAGGGCACUGCAGUAUUGGCCAUUUUUGAUUUUUAGCCUUGCUGAGGAGACUCUGUCUUGAAGAGAAUGAAAAUUUCUCAUGCCCAAUGCAAGACCCUGAGUCCCAGGUUUGGGGGAGGGUGCAUUGGUCCAGAGAUAGCAAGUUUUGAGAAGGCCUUUCUCUUCCUUGGCAAGUUCUUGUGAAGAUGUAUUAGUGGCACAGAUAAAAGAAAUGUUCUCAUCUUUGUGAGGUGGCACCCAGGGGCUUGUCAGUGCUGGUUCAGGUCCCCUGGGGCUUUGCCAGGGGUUCAUAGCAGUGGGGUCUCCAUCUCCAUCACUCCCAGCUCCUCUGCCAGUCUGCAAGCAGGUGAAAUUUCAUCACUCUGAUACUGCAAAGGUCACAGGGUCCUCCUUGUGCUUGGGUCAUUUGAGUGGCUGCCCAGCUGCUGACCCCAGUGGCUCCACAUCCACUCUUAAUGCUUCUCUUAACCUGUGUGUUGUCUUCAUUCAUCUCAGAGCUGUUCUUUGUAUUAUGAAGAUGAUGAAUAGUAAGGGACUGACAGUAGGACCACGUGUGUAACAUUAGGUAGGCUUUUAUUUAAUGUUGUUGUCAUUUUAAUGAGAUGCUUUUAGGAUCCGUGUUGUACUGGAUCAAAGAUCCUGGUGGAAGAGUUGAACUGGUAUUUGUUAACCCCAACUGCCCCAGACCCUUUCCCUCCACCCUUUUCAUGAAAAAGAAAAAAAAUUAAAUUGGGAGAAUAUCUCUAACUUGACAAGAAAAACCAACCCCAAACCCUGCUGGUGGAAAAGAGGAUCUUCAUUACUACGUUUUGGUUGUAUUUCUCAGGAUAUCCAAAGUUUUUAUCACUGCUGCUGAGAGAAGGGGACAGUUACACCUUUUGAAACUUCAACCACUGUAACCGGUUGCCAGAUGUGUGUGUGUGUGUGUGUGUGUGAUAAACUCAGCACUGUGUGUGGGUGUGUUCUGCUGAAUAUUGUGUGCAUCUAUGAAAUGCUUCAAACAAACUGCCUGGAAGUCAGAACCAACCACCUCUUUCCAGUCAUAUGUUUGCCGUGACUUUUCAUAACCACACUUGAACUAGUGGUCUUGGAUUAAAUAUUCAAAGAGCAGGGCAUCUUUAUAGCAACGGUAUGUCAGUCGAAUUAGGGAAAAAAAAUGUACACAAAAAAUAAAAUAAAUGAGAUUUAAAAGGA